CGUCAACGUACUCUGUACCCUGGACCCCUCCUCGUCUGUAUCAGUGUCAUAUAGCGGUGUCAAAAGUAUGGUGAUCACCACAGGAGUACAUCAUAGUCUUCUUAUUCUAGUACGCGAAGUCUGUCUGGUCGCUGCUCUGAAUGGUCCUCUCGUUUUGGGGUCAUCGUCGAAGUCAGAUGGCGCUUCUGCUGCCUCUCCAUCUGCUGCUUCCACAGUUCAAGUGAGCCUUGACGAAGAUCAACAAGAAAAGGCUGGUGCCCCUCGAGGUUUCGAAGCUCUGCCCCGUCCUCCGAAUGGCCAACCAUUAUCGGAUCGUGGUCGUCGUGGUCCACCGGAGGAGCAUCCGGCCGAGGUAGCUAAACGUCUAUUGGAAGCUAAACGUCUAACGGAAGAAAGAGAACGAAAAAAAGUAGCAGAAAACUCCGAUUCCCAAGACACAGUCCCAGAGAAGCCUGGUGACGGCGUCGCGAACGGCGACCAGGUUGUCGCUCUCGCUCAGCGUCCAUCCGUAAUUCCCAAGCUCGCUUUGACAGGUCUGCAGGAUGGACAGAAUAAUCAGCAGGGUAGAGAGGAACAGGACAGAGCUAGCGAGCAAGAGAAGACGCUCGCUGCAUUCGACGAGCAGCAGCCUGACGCGAAAGCAAAGUCUGCCACAGGUUUCGCCGGGAAAGAAGUGGAGGAAGCGCCGACGGAUGCCGAUAUAUACAAAGCUGCGGACGGUCAACUUCCACAGUCUGGUGAGCACACCGAGCCUGCUGCCGGCAAUCAAGAGUCCGCCGAAGAAGCUGCAGCUGACCAGGGAGAAGCCGGACGUGCUCGAGAGCAUCCACCGUUAGACAAGCAAAAAGUGGGGCCUGCAGAGCAGCCGCCUGAUGCGGGAUCCUCGGAGAGGGUACAGGAACGUCUGCCUGAAGCUACAACUGAUUCAGAAGUCGAAGUCAAGCACGGGCUCGGGCCACAGCAUGUCGCUCAGCCUACGGAGAAAGCAGAAAUGCCAAAAGCGGAGGCCGAAGGACCGCGAAAAGAAGACACGAGCACGACGACGACCACUAAGAAUAAGAAUGAUGGAGCGACGCAGGAGCAACAGCCAGAAACUAAUCCUGAUAAGGCUGCACAACUCGAGAACGAGCGAGCGCAGUCGAAAGAGCUGGAACGACGUGAGCUAGAUGAAGCUAGUGAAUCAGGCCAACCUGGGGAGAUGACAGCACAAGCGCUGCCAGUUGGUUCUUCCACGAGACCAGGGGAUGAGUACGCGGCAGUGGAGUCAGCAGAAAAUGAAUACAAAGUGCAAGGAAAGGCAGAGACACAGGGGCGUGACCAGGAUAGCACGAGAGGUGCUGCAACGGACUGGAAUCCGGGUAUAGACACGUCAGAAUCAACACCUGGAAGUAGCAGUGGUGGAGAAGAUACUCUCGGCAGCUCAGUAGAAGGCAAUGAGUCUGGUUCUCAAGAAGCAGCGGAAGACUCAGAAUCGAUUGCCGCACUUCCUCAAAAAUAUUAUCUGCACCAUCAAAAACGGCAUCCUCGCGGCUUGUUACACAGGGAUGAAGAUUAUUCUGAUGAUGAAGAUGGUAAUGACAACGUUGAUACGCAGGAGCAUUCUUAUCCACAUCAUGAUGACUAUAAUAGGCAAGUGCAAGAUGGAGAUGAGUAUAAUCUUCAUCUGGGCGGAAGAUUUCCUCAUCACGAAGAGGAGCAUCACCAGAGAAAAGAUGAGAACUUGUUUUCGCCCUCUGGAGAUGGCGUCUGCAAGAAGUCAGAGCGGACGCCCGAAGCCGCCCUGGACUACGUAGAGGCGCUGUCUUCGCAGGCUGACGACGCCGCAUGGUCCGCGGUCGACGCAUCUGUUGGCGUGGGGCUUGAUAUUCAACGCUACUAUCUGACUCUCCUAGAAGCAGAGCGAACAACGCGCAGAGAAAUGUACCACGAGCUAACGAAGGACAUGGGUCCCACUGCAAAGUUUAUCCGUGAAACAUUCAGACAAGCCAGGAAUGUCCUCGUUUUUGACCAGAAUUAUGGAGAGGAAGAAGCGACGACUUCCUAAAGUUGCGUGCUGUAAUUUGGUCCUGAAGAUCAUGUUGCAUAUUAUCUAUUGCACAGCAGGAGCUAUCGCUAUGGCUUCUAUAGGCGUGUAUUGUUUACGCCGAAAGUUCAAGCUCUACUUCGACAAAAACCUUAGAGCAACAUGUGGUCUUCAGGAGAGCAUUAUGAGACCAAAGACGAAAAACUUUUUUCCAAGUACUUAAGAAGUAUCACUCAUCAAUUGCGUCUCUGAGAGUGCGAAUAGAU